AUGCCACGACCUCCAAUUAUACCUCGUAAAGUCCUUUUUGGUAACCCUUCAAGAGCCUUGCCAAACCUUUCUCAUGACGGAAAAUAUUUAGCAUUUCUUGCGCCCAAAGAUGGUAUACUAAACAUUUACGUUUGUGACAAUCCUAGGGAUAUUUCAUCCGCGAGAGCAAUUACCAAUGAUAAACAUCGUGGUAUCAGAACAUACACGUGGAGUUUUAGUAAUCGAAUUAUUUAUCAACAAGAUAAGGAUGGUGAUGAAGAUUUUAAAUUAUAUUCUGUUGACGUAAACUCUGGCCAAGAAAUUUUAUUAACACCAUUCGAUAAAACAACUAGCUCACCCAAAGGAUUUUCUCCGAAUUUUCCUGACGAAAUUGUUAUCUCAAUUAAUAACCCUGAUCCAACAGCCUUCUCGUUAUAUCGUAGUAAUGUAAAAACUGGUGAAAUUAAUUUAAUUGAAGAGAAUACUCAAGGAUUUCUAAGUUAUUUUGUGAAUGAUGAUCUAGAAGUUCGUUUUGCCACUAAACAAACCGAUGAAGCGGCAAAUGAAAUUUAUAGAAAAAUUAAUGAUGAAUGGGAAUUAAUGAUUAAAUAUGAUCUUGAUGAUACAUUUUCUUCCGAGAUAAAAUCAUUGGUAAAAGAUGAUGAUGAUGAAUUGGUUUAUUUGACCGAUUCUCGUGAUAGAGAAUAUAAUGCUUUAUAUAAAAUUAAUUUAUGCGAUCCUGAAAAAAAACUUCAUUUAGUAGCAGAUCCAGAAAAUCAAAAAUCUGAUAUUAUAGAAACCUUACUAGACCCUCGUACGAAUGUUCCAUUAGCUUACUCUUUAAAUUAUUUACGUAGAACAUGGCACCCCAUUUGUUCUGAAGUGUCAAAGGAUUUAGAUUUCCUGAAAAGUGUAGAUGAAGGUGACAUCUCGUUCCUUUCUCAAACUUUAGAUAAUACUAUCUGGAUUGUUUGUUAUGAGAAUGAUACUCAAUCUGCAAAGUAUUAUUUAUAUGAAAGAUUAGAAAGGAGUGUUCAUUUAUUAUUUAAUCAAAGACCAGAAUUAGAUAAAUUUGAAUUGGUCAAUUUAUACCCAGUAAUUAUCAAAUCCAGAGAUAACCUAGACUUGGUUAGUUAUCUAACUCUUCCUCCGAAGAAACAUGAUCCUUAUACUAAAUAUAAGCCUACUCACCCUUUACCUAUGAUUCUUUCGGUUCAUGGUGGACCUUGGAUUAGAGAGCAUUUUACUCCUUUAAAUACAGUUCAUCAAUUCUUCGCUAAUCGUGGUUAUGCUGUUUUAAGUGUAAAUUUUAGGAGUUCAUCCGGCCUUGGCAAAACUUUGCUCCGUUCGGGUAACGGCGAAUGGGGUGGAAAAGCUCAUGACGAUUUAAUUGAUGCAGUCAACUGGGCGAUUAAAGAAAGGAUUGCAUCGAAAGAUAAAAUUGCUAUUUAUGGUGGUAGCUAUGGAGGUUAUGCUGUCUUAGCGGGAUUGACCUUUACGCCAGAUGUAUUCGCUGCCGGUGUGGAUGUUGUUGGUCCUUCGAACCUUGUGACACUUCUAAAAACAAUUCCGUCAUAUUGGAAAGCAGAGUUAAACGAAUUAAAGAAACGUGUUGGUGGUGAUCCCGAAACUGAAGAAGGUGUUAAAUUUUUGUCAAGUCGUAGUCCUUUAAAUUUUGCUGAUAAAAUUUGUAAACCAUUAUUGAUUGUUCAAGGACAACAUGAUCCUCGGGUUAAACGUGCAGAAUCCGAUCAAAUUGUUUCGUCAUUAGUAUCAAAAUCAAUCCCAGUUAAUUAUAUAUUAUAUAAUGAUGAAGGUCAUGGAUUUGCUAGACCAGAAAAUAGAAUAUCAUUUUAUACCAUGACAGAAAAAUUUUUAUCGGUUUAUUUGGGUGGUAGGUAUGAAGAGGUUGGUAGUGAUUACGAAGGGGCCAAUUUCACGAUCAUCAAUGGUGUUGAUGUAUCACAAUGA